AUGGCGUGUCCCACUUGCAAUGAACAUACUCCUUCCAUUGGCCUAAAUAGUAAGAUUGGAUAUGUUGGCCACAGACGCUUUCUCGAAAUGAGUGAUCCGAGAAGGAGAAGCAAAAAGUACAAUGGUAAGCCUGAGAAGAGAGCACCACCUCCUGUAUUGACGGGGGGUGAUAUUUUAUCUCAAUUAGACCGAAUUCCAUUGACUUUGCCUGGAAAACACAAACAGUUCGGGGGUGUGAAACGGAAGCGUUCUAGUGAAGAGCUCAAUUGCUUAGUAGGUACUCUUCUAAGUAUCGACGGGAAGUCAAAGGAUACCGACAAGGCGAGAAUGGAUUUGCAAUACUUGCAAAUACGACGAGAGUUGUGGUUGUAUGAAGACCGGAAUGGGAAGUGGAAGAAGCCUCCAGCUAGCUACACACUUAGUGUUCAAGAACGGAUUGAAUUUGCAGACUUCAUGAAGUCUGUACGAUUUCCGGACGAUUUUGCAGCAAACUUAGACAAAAAUGUAAAUUUGGAUACGGGCAAGAUUUUCGGGCUCAAAUCACAUGAUUGUCAUGUGUUGUUACAACGUUUACUACCGGCAGGUAUCCGUAAGUUCUUGAAAAAAGAAAUCCGGGACACAAUCAUUGAGCUGUGUGUGUAUUUCAAACAAUUAUGCUCAAGAACACUUCAUGUUUCGAAUUUAGAAAAAAUGCAAACAAAUAUUCUAACUAUUUUGUGCAAGUUAGAAACAAUUUUUCCACCGGCUUUCUUCGACAUAAUGGUUCACGUAGUUAUGCAUCUCCCUCAAGAAGCUAUACUAGGUGGACCAGUCCAAUACAGGUGGAUGUAUCCCAUUGAGCGGUCAAUGUCUGUGUACAAGCAAUAUGUCAGGAAUCGUGCCCGUCCGGAAGGCUCUAUUGCUGAAUCUUUUGUGGUGAAUGAGGCAUUAACCUUUUGCUCAAUCUACUUUCGAGAAGUGGAAACUCGAUUCAACCGUCCUGACCGGAACAAUGACAUUGUCCAAAACAUGCCAACUCGACAAUUUUCUGUAUUCAAGCAUGUUGGCCGACCCCUCGGUAUGAGGACAGUCGACACCUUACCCAUGCAAAGCAAGCGUAAGGCGGAGUGGUACAUUUUGAACAAUUGCACGGAGGUUGAACCGUAUAUCAAUGAGCACAAGGAGUUGCUUCAAGCAAGGGGUGUAGGCAAUAUUGAGACAGUGCAAGAGACUGAGUUCCCUGAAUGGUUCAAAACUCAAAUUAAUGAACUACGGUUGAGCAACCAGGGUGCAGUGUCAGAUGAGUUGUAUGCUAUCGCUAACCCGGCGAAUACAGCAAUUUAUUUUUAUCCAGGGUGCAUAGUGAACGGCAUCAAAUUUUUGGUCAAGGAAAGGGAUGAUAACCGCAAAACACAAAAUAGCGGUGUCAUGGUCCCCGGUGAAGAUGGACAAAAUUUUUACGGCACACUUGAAAAAAUUAUGGAGUUCACUUAUUUGAAAGAUUGUAGUGUUCUCUUAUUUUUUUGUAAGUGGUUUGACACUAACGGGAGUAGAAUGGAUAGUGACGGUGUUAUUACUAGCAUCUGCGUCAACCGACAGUGGUACCAAAAUGAACCGUUCAUACUUGCAUCUCAAGCAAAAUUGAUCUACUACAUUCCUGAUUUAAAGAACGGUAAAGACUGGCUGAUUGUAAAUGAGUACAUACCGCGCAAUGUUUGGGACUUCCCGGACACGGAUGGGGAGACACCCUUUGUACAGGAAAACAAUUCAGCUGAAACCGAGUUCGUUGUUCAACUUCCACAGUUGGAUGAUGUUGACUAUGUUCCCCAUGAUGUCGACCCAACUGAAAUUGCAAACAUCCAUCGUGUGAAUUCACAGCCUCAACAAUUAGAUGAUUUCAUUGUCGAUGAUGACAACGAUGGUCUAAAUACCGAAGAAGACAACUCCUUAGAAUUAGAGAGUGACAGUGAUGAUAAUGCUGUAUAUGUCACUGAUGAUGAGGAUGAUGAAUUGUAA